AUGCCGCUGAACUAUUCAAAGUUCGACCAUUUGGUCGAUUCAGAUGACGAGAAACCCGAUCCACAGGCCGCUGCUGAAGCGCGGCGGAAAAUGCUUGAGGAGAUGCGCGCGAAAGUGGAGGACUCCGAAGGCUCCAAAGCUUCAUCGACGGAUCGCUUUUCCUACGCGGAGGGUGACUGCAACGAGGUUGCGCAGGAACUGUUGAAGUUAUGUGUUGCCAAAGCUCCAAGUGUCAAGGUGGCCAAUGGCGUUCUGUCUGUGGCUUUAGUCGAAAAGGUGGAAGGCGAAGCUUCGACGUUCCAGGUACGCGGGCAAACGCGACAUACCUGGGAUAUGAACUUCAAAGUGAGAUGGACCUACCAAUGGAUGGGUUCCAACUUCGAGGAAGGGCCUCAACGUGCAGAGGGCCAAAUGGCAGUGUGUGACUUCACCGAUGCAACCACCCUGCGCAAUGAGAAGAACCCUCCGAUCCUCAGGAAGAACUGGGUCGACAAAGGGAAGCUAGACCUUCCCAGACAGAAAGAGGUGGAGAAAGCUUUAGGAGGUAAGCCCUGGCCAGCAGUUGAUGGUACCUUGCUGGCCAGCGUGGUGUCUUGCCUCGAGGUCUUUACCGAUGAGCUUCCAAAGAGGACUCAACAUGCUGUUCAACAAAAGAAGGAGAUGCGUGAAGCUGCUGCCCAAGCAGAGGCCUGA